CCCGCCCCAGCCCCGUCUCUGGCGGUGCCGGUGGCAGAGGGAUGGGCGAGCACAAGAUGAGGCUUCCCCGCCGGCUGGGCCCACAGCCAGCACCGCUGGACGGCUCAGCUGUUUCCCCUCCGCUUGUUCGGUGUUCUCGAAGCGUUUCAAACGCGCGGCGCAGAGGAGCCCGCGGGGCGGGGCGGGCACGUCCCGCUGCAGGCUCCCCGCGCGGCUCCGCUCGGCCCACGGGAGCUUUCCCCGGCGGGGCGGUGCCCGAGGGCAGAGGCCGGGGCCGCCCUCCCGUAGCGGCGGCGGGAUGCGGCUGCCGGAGCUGUGCCUGGCGCUUCUCUACGCCGCCGGCAGCGGCAGCGGCACCGAACCGCCGCGGGCAGCCCGGGAGCGGCCGCUGGCCCCGGGACGUGAGGAGCCCGGGGCGGCCCGCGUGGAUCCCCGGCAGGCGUGGAUGCUGCUGGCCGGGAGCCCCGGGAGGGGCAGCGGCGAUCGGGGCCGCGGCGGCUCCGGGGCUCACUCGGCACCAGCGGGCCCCGGCUCGCCGGGAAGAACAAGCGCGGGUGCGCCGAGCGGGAGCGGGGCCGGGCCCGAGGAGCUGCUGAGGGAGCUGCAGCUCCUGCUCAGAGGUACCGGGGUGGGGACAGCACGACAAGGCGAAGCAGGGCUGGGCAGCAGAGCCAGGAAAAGUGAUGGCUCCCUUCCUAACGUCAAACUCCGGGGGGGUUCGGGGUCAGGCACGGCAAAGAUGUGCAGGACAGCUGGGGAAGGGCGUAAGGAGGAGGAAAGCAGCAAAGGCAGCCCCCAGGCCGGGGCCCAGCGUCGUGUGGAAGCAGCCUUCCAUUGCCAAACGCGAGAGGACAUCGCUGUGGAGCAGAGGACGUGGCAGGAGCUGGGGCUGUUCUACAUUCCUGAGAGGGAGAGGAUGUUCCACCGUGGCCCAGGGCUGAACCUGACCAGCGGGCAGUACACAGCCCCCCUUGCAGGAUACUACACCUUCAGCACCACGCUGCACAUCGCGCGCAGGGACCUGCGGAGAAAGAGGCAGGGAUGCCGAGGGAGCCGCCUGCGGGUGCUGAUCUGUGUGCAGUCCUGCUGCCAGCACAACAGCCAUCUGGAGAGUGUAUCCCGGCUGGAGAGCAGCGGGGACCUUUUCACCAUCUCUGUCACAGGCACCCUUUACCUGCAGGCUCUCCCCUCACCGUUCAAAGUGGCUCCGAUUUCAGUGCUGUGCUGCUGGGAGUGUGAAGAGGCUGAACCAUGCUGAACCUGUGCCGGGAGCAGCCAGACCCUUCCCUCUGCUCAGCACCAAGCCUAAGGAAAACCAUUUGCUCAUGCAGGAGACUGCAGUCUGGUCCGAUACUGCUCGUGCUGCAGAACCGGCUGAAGAUGGACA